AUGUUGAUGGGUCAAAUUUAUUUGAAUGCGUUGUCAGGGCAAGAAGAAAGACGAAAUGAGGAUUAUAUUGGAAUGGAUGGAGCAUCUGAUGCAGGAAGUGUGAUGGACGGUGGACAUGCAGAAGGAGCAACGAAUUGGAAUAGGGAGGAUUUGAGUGAUGGAAGUGAUGCUAACGAAGACGAGAAGAAAUUGAUCAACAACAAGGAGAAUUAUACGAAGACAUUGGGUAGUAGUGGAACUGCGAAUGCGUCGACUAUGAAAACGUUGAAUAAAAAUGAAAGAAAAAACGAAGUAUAUGGUGCUGGAGGGGUGUAUUGA